ACCAACGAAUGUUUAAUCAUAUUUUACACCCAUGAAUAGUUUGAGGUUAAAUCAGAUUGAAAGAAUGACAGCUGAUCCGUCAACGGUGCCACUUGUUGCUCUGUCCGUUGAGUCCAAGCAAGUUGUUUCGGCAUUAUUAAAUCCUCCAAAAGUUAUUCCAUCUGAAAAUGGCUUGCCUAGGGAUUGGAGAGGUUUUGCACAUUUAUCCAACUUGAGUGGAGAGUUAAUGCCAUUAUUAAUAUCGCAACCAGAUCCAUCAGCAUAUAUUUUAACAUUUUGGGAACAAAAACAAAAAAAUGCUACAAUUAAAGAUUUCCAAGUAAUAUUAGAAGAACUUGAUAGGUGGGAUAUAUUGGAUGAUACUGUAGAACUUUUUGAAAGAGAUUCUCAGACAUAUUUGUCACAGUUAGAAAGAUCUCAGACAUCAGCCAAUGUGAUUGCCAAUGAAGUUGAUGAAAAAAUAUUAACUGUAGAUGACCUUCACAGACUAAAACAAGGAUUUGAAAAUCAAUAUUAUGAUGCAUUUUUAUUAUAUGCAGAUGAAGAUGUUAAUUUUGCUAUUGAAAUGGUGGAUAAGCUGGAGAACCAGUAUAACUUAAAGCUCUGUUUAAAAGAUAGAGAUUUAAUUGGAGGAAUAACGUUUGAGCAUGAAGCUGUGAUGACAUUGAUAUCAGAAAGGUGUAACAGGUUAAUUGUUAUAAUCUCAUCCAAUUUUCUGAAAAGUUCAGCAAAUAAAUUUUUUUUGAACUAUGCCCAAGCUUUGGGUAUUGAAAAACGACAAAGGAAAGUAAUACCAUGCCUCUACGAGAAAUGUCAGUUACCAUCACAGUUGAAUUACAUGUUUAUAUUAGAUUAUAAUAGAGUAGGUUUGUACGAUUUUUGGGGAAAGCUGAGAGAUUCUGUUUGCACACUAAGUCGAACAGAGAAUAACACAAAUGGAAACUCUGAUAGACAAGCAGUACAUUUUGAGAAGGAGAAAGAAUACAACAAAUUAGAAAAAAAUGAAACAGUAAAUAUACAGGACAGAAAACUUUUGGAACCACUGCAAGACCCAAAUAACCAUAUAGGAAAUGGGAAGGACAAGUUGAAAACGGAAGAGAGUUUACAGAGUCCAGAAGAUAAUUUAAACAAUCAUAAAGAUAACAAUAAGAAGUAUAAUAAUUUCCUACAAUGGACAAUGAGGAAAUGGACUCGAAAAUCGGAGAAUGAUAAAAAGAAAUACAUACCGAUUACAGAAUCAGUAAGUUUACCAUCCCUUGAAGGCCUGGAUACAUUGACUAUUGCGACAGACUCUGUAGAAAAGAAGCACAAAACGAAGUUCAUAAAUAAAUACAUGAAGAGAGUACUUGUAAAAUAA